AUGGAUGCGUUUGACCAAGCAUUGCACGAUGCCACUGCCAGUAAUAUCCUAUCUGGCACCUGCGUGAUAGCGGCAGACAAGUACGGGAACAUCCUACACACCGCAUCAUCAGGCACAUACAUCAAUAGUCCGAUAUGGCAGACAAGACUACCCUCAGAAGGCACUUCGGUGCAGACGAAGCCUUUGACAGAAGUCCCACAAGUCACAAAGCCCUUCGGCCCAGAUACAGUCUGCUGGAUAGCUUCCAUGACAAAACUGCUCACCACGGUCUGUGCUAUGAAGUGUGUCGAGCAAGGCUUACUCAAGCUCGACGAUGAUGUGACCACCACAGUCUUGCCAGAAUUCCGAGAUGUUCAGGUACUAGAAGGCAUGAAGGACGAUGGCAAGGGCGGAGAGACUCCUGUUCUGCGACCUUCGAAAGGCAAGAUGACGUUGAGAAACCUCCUAACCCACUCCUCCGGCGUAACCUACGAAUUCAUGCACGCUAAACUCCUCUCCUGGCGCCAAUGGAACAACCAAGACCUCCGCUCCCGCGGUAUCAAGAAAUCCCACCAAGACCGCACAGAAGUCUCCCACGCCUACCACGUCCCACUCGUCUUUGACCCCGAAACGAGCUGGACCUACGGCUACGGCAUCGAUUGGGCAGGCCUUGCCGUCGAGCGUGCCAGCUCGUUAACCCUCGAGGACUUCAUGAAGAAGUAUAUCUUCACCCCUCUGAGCAUGAAUGACACAACCUUUGAACCGCUCAACUACCCUCACCUCACCUCCCGAAUAGCCGGAAUGACAGUCCGCGACGACGAGGACAAACUCGUCCCACAACACCAAACUUCCACGACCUCCCCUAUCGGCGGCGUGCGACACGCCGGCGGAGGCGGCCUAGCAAGCACAGCAAACGACUACAUCAAAGUCCUCAUCUCCCUCCUCGCCAACGACUCCAAACUCCUCCAACCCAAAACAGUCAACUACAUGUUCCAACCCCACCUCGCCGACCCCCGCCACCUGCAAAAAAUGCACGCCAACCCAGAAGCCUUCGGCCUAGCAGGCAACAUUCCACCAGGGUUGAAGGUGGACUUUGGGUUGGGGGGGAUUUUGAAUUUGGAGAAAAUGCCAACGGGACGGAGUCCGGGGGGCAUGCAGUGGGGUGGGUAUCCGAAUUUGUUUUGGUGGAUGAAUCCGAAAGAUGGGAUUUGUGGGUGUUAUUUUAGUCAGUUGGUGCCGCCGGGGGAUGUGGAGAGUUUUGAGAUGUAUAAGAGGUUUGAGACGGCUGUCAACUCGACGUUCAAGAAGGAGGUUGGGAGGCUGUAA